AUGGUUCCGCGGGCUCGGAGAGGCGCUAGCCAGGUGCUGUCGCCGGAUCGCCGCCGCGCUCUCUUCUGCCUCUUGCUCCUGCUGCUCCCGGCGCCCGGCGGCGGGCUGGAAGUGCAGCACAAGUUCGUCUCCGCCACCGCCACCAACAACUUCGCGCUGGACCGGUCGGGCAGCAGGAUCUACCUGGCGGCCGUCAACAGGCUGUACCAGCUCUCGGGCCCCAACCUGACGCUGGAGGUGGAGGAGCAGGUGGGCCCCCGGGAGGACAACCCGCUGUGCCACGCGCCGCAGCUGCCCCAGGCGUCGUGCGAGCACGCCAGGAGGCCCACCGACAACUACAACAAGCUGCUGCAGCCGGACCCCGAGCAAGGCAUCCUGGUGGUGUGCGGCUCGGUCUACCAGGGCUUCUGCCAGCUGCGCAGCAUGGACAACAUCUCCGUCGUGGCCGUCGCCUUCCCACCUGGGGCAGGCGGCGGAGACGACGGCGAGCAGGUCACGGUCUUCCCCAGCAUGCUCAACGUGGCCGCCAACCACGCCAACGCCUCCACCGUCGGGCUGGUGCUCCAGCAGCCCGGGCAGGACCCGAGGCUGCUGGUGGCGGCCACUUACACGGGCUUGGGCAGCCCCUUCUUCCCGCGCAACCAGAGCCUGGAAGACCACCGCUUCGAGAACACGCCCGAGAUCGCCAUCCGCGCUCUCGACGCCCGCGGCGACCUGGCGCGGCUCUUCACCUUCGACAUCAACCCUUCCGACGACAACAUCUUCAAGAUCAAGCAGGGCUCCAAGGAGCGCCACAGGCUCAGCUUUGUCCAUGCCUUUCUGCACCCUCCGGACGGCCCCGUCCUUCCUUCGCCCCUUGGCCGCCCUGGGGGCUCUUACGCCUACUUGGCCCUCAACAGCGAGGCCAACGCGCGGGAAAAGGAGAGCCACUCGCAAAGCCUGCUGGCCCGCAUCUGUCUGGGGGACUCGGCCGAGGCCACGACCCUCAAUGGCAGCAGCGGCGGCGGCGGCCCCAACGGGGAGACCAAGAAGCUGACCGAGUCCUACAUCCAGAUGAGCCUGCAGUGUGGCGGCAAGGCCGGGUCUGGCGGGACAAAGGCCGGGGCGGCCGGCGGCGACCUCUUCAACCGGCUGGUGUCGGUGUUUCCCGCCAGCGAGUUGCUCUUCGGGGUCUUCGAGAAGGCCGCUUCCCCCGCCGGGUUUCCUGGGCCUGGUGGGCGACAGGCCCCGCCGCUCUCUGCGCUCUGUGUGUUCCGCUUCGCCGAGAUCGAGGAGGCCAUCAGGAAGGCCAGGCACUCGUGCUUCGUGGAGCCAGAUUCUGGGCUGGUCACUGUGCUCGACAGCGUGGUGCAAGGCACCGGGCCUGCCUGCGAAAAGAGGAAUAUCCAGUUGCAACCAGAACAAUCGGACUGUGGAGCAGCACAUCUCCAGCAUCCGUUGUCAAUUUUGCAACCUAUCAAAGCAAGGCCUGUGUUCACUUCAGCAGGCCUCACGUCAGUAGCGGUCUCCAGCGUCAAUAAUUACACAGUUGUAUUUCUGGGAACAGCAAAUGGAAGACUCCUUAAGAUUAAUCUGAAUGGUUCUAUGAAAGUGAUAAGUAGGGAGUCGAUUACUGUGGCUUAUGGUGAACCUGUCCACCCCCUCAUGCAGUUUGACCCUUCUGACUCCAGCUAUUUGUAUUUGAUGACCUCCCAUCAGAUAGCUCACGUGAAAGUAUCUGCCUGUGAUCAAUACACCACAUGUACUGAGUGCUUAGCUGCAGCCGAUGCUUAUUGUGGGUGGUGCACCUUGGAGACCAGGUGUUCUUUGCGGUAUGAAUGUGCUAAUUUUGUUGAACCCAAUUUCUGGAUAAGUCCCAGUGGGGGAGUGAAUCAGUGCCCUUCGAUGACUAUAAUACCCCCAGAAAUAAACAUUGACGAGGAGAACCAGGCCAUGCUAAUCCAGAUACAUGGGAAUAUUCCAAAUUUGAAUGGAAUGAAGAUGUCUUGCAAUUAUGGGAAUGAUGUCACCAUUCUAGCUACUGCAGCUACUGCAGAUUCUUGGAACCAGUUUGUUUAUUGCAGUUUUCUUCCCAGAGAGAAAUAUCCAGCUUUCCCCUCCAAUCAAGACCACGUGAUUGUUCAAACUGCUGUGAGGGUCAAUGACAGAAACAUUGUGUGGGCCAAUUUCACCAUCUAUGACUGCAAGAGAACUGGAAACAGUUACCCAAAGACAGCGUGUAUCAGCUGCCUCUCAGCUAAAUGGAAGUGUUACUGGUGCACUCAAAGAUAUACCUGUGUCUCCAAUGCCUCUGAGUGUGAAGGUUCGAUACAGAUGAAUAAAAGUACUGAUUGUCCACACAUCGUGUCUACCUCUGCAGCACCAGUGUCAACUGGAACUUCCCAGGACAUCACCAUUACCUUGAAGAAUGCUGCUUUUGUAAAGGAAAUGCCUUUGGAAUGUCACUUUGGAGCUGACAGGAUUUUUGAGGCCCAGUGGGUGAAUGUAUCUACUGUUCAGUGCAGCAAUGUGCUGCUUUACACUUCAGAGAAAAGACACCUCUUUCCAGUAAACCUUCAACUGAGAGAAAAACCUGGUAGAUUUAUCGACAGUUCACAGAUGAUGACAGUGGAAAUUUAUAAUUGUGCAACUGGAAGUGCUGACUGUUCUCAGUGUCUUGGGAGAGAAGAUCUGGGUCAUCAAUGCAUUUGGAGUGAAAGUAGUGCUAGUUGCAGACUAAACACUGAAUCCCUUCAGAUACCAGGCGCGUGCCCUCCUCCUGAGGUUAGAAAGAUUGAGCCCCUGAAUGGACCCCUGGAAGGAGGAACCCUGGUCACAAUACGAGGAAGAAACCUGGGCCGCAGGUUCAGUGAUGUCGUUAAUGCAGUCAGGAUAGGAAAUGUGAAAUGUUCACCACUCCAGGACAGAUAUAUAGUCUCUGAGGAAAUUGUAUGCUGGACUGGAGAAGCCACAGAAGAAUUUUCAGAUGUGGUGACAGUUAAUGUGAGCAGAGAAGGAAGAUCCAGGGAGCGAUUCUCCUAUGUGCUUCCAGUGGUUAAAUUCAUAUCUCCAUCAACUGGCCCUAAAGCAGGAGGAACCAAAGUAACCAUUGCAGGGAAUAAUCUCAAUGUGGGGUCUGAGCUGCACGUUCUGGUCAAUAGCACAAAAGAAUGCAGAGACCUCAGUCGUACUGACACUACCAUUACUUGCACUAUGCCAGGUGUGGAGAUUACUACCACCGUGAGAGUCUGCGUCCAGUUUGAGAACAAGUCUUGCAUCAGUGAUAACUGUACUUUCACAUAUGAAAAAAAUCCAGUUAUUACUAAUAUCAGCCCUCAAAAGAGUCAGGUCAGUGGAGGCAGGAUCAUCACUGUGGAAGGAAAUGGAUUUUUGAUGGCUCAGAAUGUGUCUAUGGUAGUACCUGCCAUUGGGAAAGAGCAAACCAACUGUAAGGUUCACACCGACACUGUGAUUACCUGCCCCUCUCCAGCUGCCUCCAACAUCACUAUGGGGAGCAAACCAGCGCCAGUGGACUUCUACAUCAAUGGACGCCUGUAUGCUGAGGACAGCCUAUUCCCACUUGAACAUCCAGAGGAUGCCAUACACAUUAGCAAAUUCCACCUGGAAUACUAUGCAGACCCCCAGUUCUUCACAGCCAAGAAGGAGAAGUGGAUCAAACACCAUCCUGGAGAGCCUUUGACACUCGUCAUACAUAAAGAGCCUGACAACCUUGGCCUGGAAAGCAAUGAGUAUGAAGUUAAAAUUGGUCUAAUUUCCUGUGAGAUACAAAUCGUUUCAGACAAAGUCAUUCACUGCUCCGUCAAUGAGUCUUUCAGCACUUCAAAAAGACAGCUCCCUGUUACGAUCCAAGUUGGAAAAUUCAUUCAAACUAUAGCUAUGCUGCACCUUGGAGGAAGUGAGAUGGCCAUUACAGUUUCCAUAGUCAUCUGCAGUAUCUUGUUGCUGCUCUCUAUAGUAGCCCUUUUUGUGUUUUGCACCAAGAGCCGCAGGGCAGAGCGUUAUUGGCAGAAAACUCUGCUGCAGAUGGAAGAGAUGGAGUCCCAGAUCCGGGAAGAAAUCCGCAAAGGUUUUGCUGAGCUCCAGACAGAUAUGACAGACCUGACCAAGGAGUUAAACCGCAGCCAGGGAAUCCCAUUCUUGGAGUACAAGUAUUUCGUGACCCGAACUUUCUUUCCCAAAUGUUCUUCUCUCUAUGAGGAGCGUUACAUUUUGCCUUCCCAGCACCUUUAUUCACAGAUGGGAUCUCAGAUCCAAGAAACUCACCCGUUACUGUUGGGGGAAUGGAAAAUUCCUGAGAAUUGCAGACCAAAUAUGGAAGAGGGAAUUGCAUUGUUUUCCACCUUACUCAAUAACAAGCACUUUCUCAUUGUGUUCGUCCAUGCUCUUGAGCAACAGAAAGAUUUUGCUGUUAGAGACAGAUGCAACCUGGCCUCCUUGCUUACCAUUGCAUUGCAUGGGAAACUGGAGUACUACACCAGCAUCAUGAAGGACCUGUUGGUGGAUCUCAUCGAUGCUUCUGCCUCUAAAAAUCCCAAACUUAUGCUAAGGAGAACAGAGUCUGUAGUUGAAAAGAUGCUGACCAACUGGAUGUCCAUCUGCAUGUACAGCUUUCUGAAAGAAACAGUUGGGGAGCCCUUCUUCCUGCUACUCUGUGCUAUCAAACAACAGAUCAAUAAAGGAUCUAUAGAUGCCAUCACUGGAAAAGCCAGGUAUACUCUCAAUGAAGAAUGGCUACUGAGAGAGAACAUUGAAGCAAAGCCAAGGAAUCUCAAUGUUUCUUUCCAAGGCUGUGGAAUGGACUCCCUGAGUGUUCGGGUCAUGGAUACAGACACUCUCAGCCAAGUUAAAGAGAAGAUACUUGAAGCCUUUUGCAAGAAUAUUCCAUAUUCCCAGUGGCCAAGAGUAGAAGAUGUUGACCUUGAAUGGUUUGCCACAAGCACUGACAGCUACAUCCUUCGGGACCUUGAUGACACGUCAGUGAUGGAGGAUGGCAGGAAGAAACUGAACACGCUAGCACAUUAUAAGGUCCCUGAUGGUGCCUCCCUAGCUAUGAGUUUAACUGAUAAGAAAGAUACCACUCUAAGUAGAGUGAAAGAUUUGGACACUGAAAAAUACUUUCAUUUGGUUCUUCCCACGGAUGAACUGAAUGAAAAUAAGAAAUCUCAUCGGCAGAGUCAUAGGAAAAAAGUCCUUCCUGAAAUCUACCUGACCAGAUUGCUCUCCACAAAGGGCACACUUCAGAAAUUCCUGGAUGAUUUGUUCAAAGCCAUUCUAAGUAUCCGAGAGGACAAACCACCCGUGGCUAUCAAGUAUUUCUUUGAUUUCCUGGAAGAACAAUCAGAGAAACGGGGGAUCUCUGAUCCAGACACCUUGCACAUUUGGAAAACCAAUAGCCUACCUCUGAGGUUUUGGGUCAACAUUCUGAAAAACCCACAGUUUGUCUUUGACAUCGACAAAACUGAUCACAUAGAUGCUUGUCUCUCUGUAAUAGCCCAGGCGUUUAUCGAUGCCUGCUCCAUCUCUGAUCUGCAGUUGGGCAAGGAUUCACCUACUAAUAAACUGUUGUAUGCCAAGGAGAUUCCUGAAUACCGAAAAAUAGUGCAGAGAUAUUAUAAACAGAUUCAUGACAUGCCACCUCUUAGUGAACAAGAAAUGAAUGCACACCUAGCAGAGGAGUCCAGGAAAUGUCGGAAUGAGUUUAACACCAAUGUUGCCAUGACUGAAAUUUACAAAUAUGCCAAGAGAUACCGCAACCAGAUUGUGACUGCAUUGGACUCCAACCCCACGACAAGACGCACGCAGCUGCAGCACAAAUUUGAGCAAGUAAUUGCACUUAUGGAAGACAACAUCUACGAGUGCUGCAGUGAGGCUUAGGCAGCAACCCGGACUUUCUUCUGAUUCUAGAAGUGACCUUCUCUACAGUGCACUGUCCUUUGGGGAACACCCUUUCAAAGUAUCUGUGUGUCAAUAUGUAGCCUGUUGUAUGUUUAUGGUAUCUUAAGAAACCGAUUCAGUGGUGGGGCUGACCAAUCUCCUUAAGCCAAUCUGGUGAAAUGAGGAUUGUCCACCGAACAGCUUGAAAUCCCUUAUGUGAUCUGCACUGCAUGACACUUGUAAUUUAUUUGAUCUUUCAGACAGAGGCACAACACUCGG